UGAGAAAUUGAUUCAUAGUAGCAGUAUUGGCGUUUAAUAAUAUUCAGAAUGUGUGUGCGUGUGUAAAAAACAUUUUUUUCUGUUUCUAAUCAUUUGUUUAUGAGUGUUUAUCUGUGAAUGACGAUGGAUAAAGUGUCGAGAAAAAAAAACGUAAAAAAUUUUCUACAAAUAUUCAUAAAUGCUAUUCUUCAGAUUUUUUUUCGCAUCUGGUCUAUAUUAUUAUUGUUGAAAUGUAUCGGCUAUUCAUUUGAAGAGAUUUUUCGAAAUUUUGAAAUAUUUGGCCGUAAAAAAUUAAAUUAUGAAGCAGAAUUUGGGUCAAUUAGUUUGGAGGGGAGAAUCUGUGUCAUUACAGGCGGUACACGUGGUAUUGGACUUGAAACGAUAAGAUAUUUAUUUAAAAAAAAUAUUUCCAAAAUCAUCACUGGAAGUUCUCAGCUGAAUAUUGAUUCUACCGAUAAUAAUGAGAUUGAAAAUUUUAAAUGUAAACUCCUAUCUGAAUCAGGUUUGGAACAAUAUAAAGAUCGUUUGAUUAUCUAUCCAUUGGAUUUGGGUUCAAUGGAUUCUGUUGGAAAAUUUGCCGAACAAAUUUGUAAAAUGGAAACAAAAAUUGAUUAUUUUAUUUGUAAUGGUGGUAUAUUGCUACCUCCAGCAAUAAAAAAUGAUGGAAUAUUCGACAUUACGAUGGCAAUUAAUUAUUAUGGCCAUUGUUUGUUGAUAAUCAAAUUGUUAAAACUAUUGGAAAAAUCGCGAAUAAUAACUGUAUCAUCCAUAAUGCAUUAUUCAUGUACGAUUCGUUUACAUGAUCUGCAAUCAAGACAAUUAUAUUCACCAGUUUAUGUAUAUAGUCAAUCAAAAUUAGCGCUUAUUAUGUUUACCUAUCGAUUCAAUAAAUGGAUUGAAAAGAAUAUGGAUUCAAACAAUAAAAAUGGUGAAAAGUAUCUAACAAUUAAUUCUCUACAUCCAGGUGUAUGUCGAUCAGACAUGAUAAAAAGAGCUAUAUGGUUGAAUGUUCCAAGUUUUAUCAUAAAUGUGCUUACUAGGCCUCCAAAAGAAGGAACAGAAACAAUAUUGUAUAUAGCAUUGUCACCAAAACUGACCAAUAUAAGUGGCAAAUAUUUUGAAGAUUGUAAAGAACAAAAAUCGAGUAAAAUAUCGUACGAUGAAAAUCUACAACAACAAUUAUGGUUGCGGACAUGGCAAGAUUUACGUCCAUGGCUCAAUAAUAAUGAAUAUAAUCAAUUGAUGGAAUACUAGAAACCAUGAAAUGAAGAAAUGAAA